CGGAGACGGUUCUCCUUUUUAUUUCACCCUGAGGAGGAAGCGUGCUGCUCCAUCUUUAACACCUACUGCAUCCCUCCCUCCCUCUGCUACUGGCACACAGAGGAGAUGAAUGGGGAGGCGAUGGACCAAGCACAAGAGCAGCAGCAGAAUGCCGGUAACACCUCACACCUACCUCCCCCUCCAACCAUCACACCAGCCAUUCCCCCCUAUGUGAAGCUGGGUCUAACCAUCGCCUACACCAUCUUCUACUCACUGCUCUUUGCCUUCGUCUAUGCCCAGCUUUGGCUGGUGCUGCGGUACCGGCACAAGCGCUUCAGCUACCAGACGGCCUUCCUGUUCCUGUGUCUGCUGUGGGCCGCCCUGCGCGCCCUUCUCUUCUCCUUCUAUUUCAGAGACUGUGUGACUGCCAAUGCACUUGGACCCUUUGCCUUCUGGCUUCUGUACUGCUUCCCCGUCUGCCUGCAGUUCUUCACGCUCAGUCUCAUGAACCUCUACUGUGCACAGGUUUAUUUUAAAGCAAAGUCCAAGUACACACCAGCACUACUGAAGUACAGACUUCCUCUGUACCUGGUCUUCCUUUGCGUCAGUCUCAUUUUUCUGGUGGUUAACCUGAUCUGUGCCCUGAUGGUCAAGAUGACUGCUGCUGACGUGAAGACCAUCGUUCUGGUGAGGGUGACCGUUAACGACAGCUUGUUCGUACUCUGCGCCAUCUCACUGUCCGUCUGCCUCUACAAGGUGGCCAAGAUGUCAUUGGCCAACAUCUACCUGGAGUCAAAGGGAACGUCUGUGUGUCAGGUGACCCUGAUCGGCAUCACGGUGGUGUUGUUAUACGCAUCAAGAGCCUGUUACAACCUGGUGGUGCUUGCCCUCGCUGACAUCGAGACCAUCAACUCCUUUGACUAUGACUGGUACAACGUCUCCGACCAGGCAGACUUGCGUUCCUCUCUUGGAGACGCCGGUUACAUCGUAUUUGGGGUGAUCCUGUUUGUGUGGGAGCUGCUGCCCACCUCACUGGUUGUGUUCUUCUUCAGGGUGAGACGGCCACCUCAGGAUCGGAGCACCACGGGAAUCCCUAACCACGUUCUCUCCUCCAGAGGAUAUUUCUUUGACAAUCCUCGUCGCUAUGACAGCGAUGACGACUUGGCAUGGAGCAUUCCUCCCCAGAAUGCCUCAGCGAGCCUUUCCUCUGACUGCUACGACUGGGGCAGCCGCCACAGCAGCUUCACCGUGCAUCCCAACAGUGACGAACAGCGCCUGACCACCGCUGCCGGGGAGCUCCGCCCUUAUCCAUGAGUCUGCUGCUCUGUGUACAGCAUCACUCUGCACUUUGACACUGAUCGGUUAUUGUGUUUGUUAUUGUCACUGACAUAAGGCUUUGUGGAGUCACUGUAGAAAAUAAAGAAGAAUGUCUUACAGCAGGGAUUUCAAACUCGCGGCCUGGGGGCCACUUGCGGCCCAUAUAUUGACGUGAAGAAAUAUAAUGCAGUUUGGCCCUUGAAGUGUGCCACGUGUCUGCACGGACUUCUUAUACAACAUUUGAAAUUUAAACAAACAAACAAAACACUUUCAGAAAUAUUUGUUUGUGUUUCCUUGUUUGUUUUGUACUCCUAAAACACUAAAGUGGCCGUCCAAUGAGACAACAGUGGUCCACAGCUCAUUUCAGUUUGAGACCCCUGCCUUACAGGUUUCACAACACAGUUAAUCACUAUGUGUCCUUAAUUUUUGACCCCCCAGCUGAUCGCCCCAAACAGUCCCAGAAAAUCAAGUGUUUAGCUGUAAACAAAAACAUUUGAAUUUGGCUUCAUGAUGUUGGACUUUUCCCACAGUUCCAAUAUUGCUGCUUCUAAGA